AAUCAAGUCAAUAGAAACUGAAGUGGAAGCAGGCGUUUAGAGCUCCGUGGUGACGUCACUGGUCCACAUUGAGCCAGUAGUAGAGAGGCAGUGGAGAUAGAGAGAGGAGCGCUGUAGUAAAGGACGCACCGACAUGAACUUCUCCCUCUCUGCUCAAUAACACGGGACACACUACCUGCGUGUUUUUCUGCCACGAAGGGAACUUGUUGUUUAUCAUCUUUUCAAGGAAACUCGGAGGAAGGCGGAGUAGAAGACACAUUUUGGGCUUAUUUUCGGGGGUCGACGACGAGUGAAAUGUCGUCCGCGGCGGUCGCUGCUUCUUCCAGGAGGCAGUCGUGUUAUUUAUGCGACCUGCCCCGCAUGCCGUGGGCCAUGAUCUGGGAUUUUACCGAGCCCGUGUGCAGGGGAUGUGUGAACUAUGAGGGAGCGGACCGGAUCGAGUUCGUCAUCGAGACGGCCCGGCAGCUGAAGAGGGCGCACGGCUUCCAGGAGGGCAGGUCUCCCGGUCCGGGGAAGGCGCAGCUCUCCGGGAAGGAAAUCCAGGCGAUCAACCACGCUGCGGCGGGAGACCCGGGAUCCCGGCCGCCGCAGCCUCUGGACCGAUACCCGCUCUCCUCGGACCGCCCGCCCAGACUCGGGCCAGAGUACCCGUCUGGCAGACAGGCGAACGGCAUCCCCGUCCCCAACGGAUUUCCUAAACCCGACGAGCCUCCGGAGCUGAACCGCCAGAGCCCCAACCCGCGCAGGAAUAGCACGGUGCCCCCCAAUCUAGUGCCUUUGGUUAACGGGAGCAUGCCCCCGGUGCACGCUGUCAACGGCAGACCGGGACAGAUGGGGCUUCCCUCCUCUCUGGCGGCUGGUAGUCCCGCAGACAUGGGCAAGAGACCCGCCUCGGUGUCCAGCAGCGAGCACGACCGGGAGGGGAAGGAGAAGCACCGGGCGGACAGUCUCACACCGGAGAUCUCCGAGAGCCACAAAAACCGGGCAGACGCGGACUGGAUGGGCAAAGGAAAGACCGUGAGGGACCUGAUGGCUCUGCACACCUUCGACAACAGGUUCAAGAAAGACCAUGCGGCCAUGCAACAAAGAGUGAUGGGAUAUGAACCGAGCGCCGCCGCCUCCAAGUCAGACCGAGGGAAACACCCCCGCAGCAUGAAGAGGAAAGCGUCGCCUGAGCCCGAGGGAGAGGGGACGGCCGCCAAGCUCAACGGAGAGGGACAGCAGUGGUUACCCCCCCCUAAUGACGGACUCAAAAUGCCUCCGGUGCCCCCGCCGAGCUUCGCCUCCCCCCCCUCCACGAUAUCCCCCCACUCCCGCACCACCCCACCUGAGGCGGCGCAGAACGGCCAGUCCCCCAUGGCCGCCCUCAUCAUGGCGGCGGACAAUGCAGGUGGGAACAGCUCCCCCAAGGACGCCAACCAGGUCCACUCCACCACCCGCAGGAACAGCAGCAGCCCGCUGUCGCCGUCCUCCAUGAACCAGAGGAGGCUGGCGCAGCGGGAGGCGUCCGGGGCGGGCACCCCCCACGUGCCGGGCAUGGACCAGGUGCACCCACAAAGCAUUCCGGACUCCUCGGUACCCGGCAGCAUACCGCUCUGCUGCACGCUCUGCCACGAGCGCCUGGAGGACACACACUUUGUUCAGUGCCCGUCCGUGCCCUCGCACAAGUUCUGCUUCCCGUGCUCGAGGGAGAGCAUAAAGCAGCAGGGCGCCACGGGCGAGGUGUACUGUCCCAGCGGAGAGAAAUGUCCCCUGGUCGGAUCCAACGUACCGUGGGCGUUCAUGCAGGGAGAGAUCGCCACCAUCCUGGCGGGAGACGUGAAAGUAAAAAAGGAGAGGGACCCUUGAUUUUGGGGAGGGGGAUCUGAGUAUAAAUAUAUAAAUAUCACAUACAUACCAUCAAAACAACUAACGGACUUGUACAUAUUGGACCCAAGGGAAGAGUAUACUUCGUAAACAUGGUUGUAUAAUUUUUGAUUUUUGAAUACAUUGUGUUUCUAUAUUUUUGAAGAUAAAGGUAUGUACUCAUUAUAACGGACUACGUUCCUCUUUGUUGAUGUUUAACAGAAUUCUUGAUGUACUUCUAGGUCUGGUGGCAGUUCCUGUUUAACGUAGAAUGUGACUAAUGCUACUCUACGAGCACUUGGCAAACUGAAAUGCUUUUAGCUGUACUUGUAUGCACUUGUUUAAAAAUUGCCAAAUACAAUUUCUGAUCUUGUAUGAA